AUGUUCCAGCAAGGAACCUUCAACCCUGGAUGGUUUUUCCUUCCGGGGCUGAUUUCUCCCUCCCCUCUCCCCCCGCAGGAUUAUUACAAGAUCAUCAAAACCCCGAUGGACAUGGGAACAAUAAAGAAGCGCUUGGAGAAUAAUUAUUACUGGAACGCUCAAGAAUGUAUCCAGGAUUUCAACACCAUGUUUACAAACUGCUACAUCUACAACAAGCCAGGGGAUGACAUCGUCCUGAUGGCAGAGGCCCUGGAGAAGCUUUUCCUGCAGAAGAUCUCGGAGAUGACGCAGGAGGAGACCGAGAUCGUCAUCGCCCAGACCAAGGGCCGGGGCCGCGCCCGCAAGGAAGCAGUGACGUCCAAGCCCGGCUCGUCGUCGGUGCCCAACGCCGCUCAGGCCUCGUCGCCGGCGCCCCCCCAGAGCCUCCCAACGGCGGCACCGCCGGCCCAUCCCUUCCCCUCCGUCACCCCCGACCUGCUGGUGCCCAGCCCGGUGAUGACGAUGGUGCCUCCGCCCCCACCGGCCCCGCCGGCCCCACAGGCCCCCGCGCCGCCCGCCCCGGCCCCGCAGCCCCUGCAGCCGCACCCGCCCGUCAUCCCCACGCCCGCACAGCCCGUCAAGGGCAGCAAAGUGUCGGAGCAGCUCAAGUACUGCGGCGGCAUCAUCAAGGAGAUGUUCGCCAAGAAGCACGCGGCCUACGCCUGGCCCUUCUACAAGCCCGUGGACGUGGAGGCCCUGGGGCUGCACGACUACUGCGACAUCAUCAAGCACCCCAUGGAUCUGAGCACAAUCAAAUCCAAGCUGGAGGGCCGGGAGUACCGGGACGCUCAGGAAUUCGCGGCCGACGUGCGGUUGAUGUUCUCCAACUGCUACAAGUACAACCCCGCUGACCACGAGGUCGUGGCCAUGGCCAGGAAGCUGCAGGACGUGUUCGAGAUGCGCUUCGCCAAGAUGCCGGACGAGCCGGAGGAGCCGGCGGCUCCGGCGUCGUCGCCGGCGGUGGCGGUGCCGCCGCUGCCCGCCAAGGCGGCCCCGCCCUCGUCCAGCGACAGCAGCAGCGACAGCUCCUCCGACAGCGACAGCUCCUCCGACGACUCCGAGGAGGAGCGGGCGCAGCGCCUGGCAGAGCUGCAGGAGCAGCUCAAGGCCGUGCACGAGCAGCUCGCGGCCCUGUCCCAGCCCCAGCAGAACAAACCAAAGAAGAAGGAGAAGGACAAGAAGGAGAAGAAGAAGGAGAAGCACAAAAAGAAGGAGGAGCUGGAAGAGGCCAAGAAAAGCAAAGCCAAGGAGCCGCAGCCCAAGAAGGCCAAGAAGAGCAACAGCAACAACAGUGCCUCCAGCAAGAAGGAGCCGGUGGCGGCCAAGCCCAGCAAGGCCGCGCCCGCCUACGAGUCGGAGGAGGAGGACAAGUGCAAGCCCAUGUCCUACGAGGAGAAGCGGCAGCUGAGCCUGGACAUCAACAAACUGCCCGGGGAGAAGCUGGGCCGCGUCGUGCACAUCAUCCAGUCCCGGGA